UUUGAAGUUGAGCUCUUAGUCCAAACAGUCCUUUCUGAAAUGUCAAUACACUACUAGGACACUGGCUCACAGGGUUCAUCAUGAUUUCCAGGCAGUGUGUGGCUUUGUUUCUCUGCUUUCUGCUACUGAUCCCUCUUUCUCUGGAUGCAGUCUUUCUAAAGCAGGAAGAGGCAAGCAGCGUUUUGCAAAGGCAAAGACGAGCCAACAGCUUCUUUGAAGAGAUCAAACUGGGGUCACUGGAGAGAGAAUGCAUGGAAGAAAAGUGUUCCUAUGAGGAAGCAAGAGAGAUUUACCGUGAUGAUGCAAGGACAAAUGAGUUCUGGCACAUCUAUUCCGACCCUAACCAGUGUGACUCCAACCCCUGUCAGAAUGGCGGAAUUUGUGAUGACCAAUUUCAGGAUUACGUUUGCCGCUGUCCUGCUGAAUAUGAGGGCAAGAGCUGUGAAAAAGCCGUGGCUGACAAGCUGAAGUGCAUUUUUGACAAUGGUGGCUGUGAACAGUACUGUGCCGACGAGCAGUCCGGAAAACGAGUGUGCUUCUGUGCGGAUGAUUACACUUUAGCGAGUGAUGGCGUGUCCUGCAUCCCCCAAGUGAAAUACCCAUGUGGAAAAAUACCAGUGCUGGCAAAAAAAAAUUCAACUGCACAAGGGAGAAUAGUAGGUGGUUUAAUCUGUCCUCCAGGUGAAUGUCCAUGGCAAGCCCUUAUAAUGCAUGAUAAUAAAGAAAAGUGUGGCGGUACCCUGCUUUCCCCAGAGUGGGUGGUCACUGCAGCUCAUUGUUUGGACUAUAUUCCCCCUAUACAGCUUCGUGUGAGACUGGGUGAACACAAAAUAAAUGAAGAUGAGAAAACUGAGCAAGAAAGUGGAGUCUCCAGGGUAAUCAUUCAUGAAGGAUACACACCUGGACAAGUCAAUAAUGAUAUAGCCCUUUUGAGCCUGGAAACACCGGUGAAUCUCACCGACUAUGUGGUGCCGAUAUGUUUGCCUGAGAAACGGUUUGCUGUGUAUGAACUAUCCUCUAUCAAGUACUCCACAGUAAGUGGAUGGGGACGCCUAUUAGAUGGAGGUGCCACCUCUUCUGUUCUGAUGAGAGUUGAUUUGCCACGCGUAAAGACACAAGAAUGUGAAAAGGAGACCAAUUUAAGUAUCACAGAGAACAUGUUCUGUGCAGGAGAUCUGUCUGGAGCUAAAGACGCCUGCAAGGGAGACAGUGGUGGUCCUCAUGCUACAAAGUACAAGAACACUUGGUUUCUGACUGGGAUUGUCAGCUGGGGAAAGGGCUGUGCUGUUGAAGGCAAUUACGGGGUUUACACAAGGGUGUCCAAAUACAUCAACUGGUUGAAGAAGCACAUGGACUAAAGAUGUUGAGCCAGAGCAUUUCCAGAGGGUGCUACUGUCCCCCAAUCACUCUGUGCCAUUUUCCUAUUGAAGCAUUCCUUCAUUAUCUUAGAUAUGUGAUACAUGUGAUACCCCACCACUAUUAGUGAUUUGAAGCAAGCCUAAUGACUACUUCAAUACAUAAAAUACAUUCCUUAUCAGUAUUGUUUGUAAACUUAUGUCUUAUCAAGCAGGCACAGAAGAACCAUAACAAAUCAAACUCACAGUCCCUCUUGUUCUGCAUCCAUUUCUGCUAAAGGACAGAGCUAGAUGCUGAGAGAAAGACUGUCAGCAAUACAUCAUGCCUAUCAUAAUCCUUCCUCCAGCUACCCUCUCAACUUCUGGUAAUCAGGGAAGUACAGACUUCCUGAGCCAGAAGUUGCAUUAGAUUGAACAGUCAUGAAUGAACCUGCUGUCUGGAAUUGAGCGCAAUUUCCUUUGAACACAUUCAUGCAUCUGGCUUUCACAACUUCCUAUGCUAUGGAUCCUGUAAUAUAAUUAUGAAAUAGCAG